GCCUCGUGAGGAGCACGCAGCCUCCCGCUGUCUGGAGACGUGUUCCGCAGCUUCUCACGACCACCCACAGGGUCUUUUAUCACACGUACACACACGGAGCACACAAGGGGACCGUUUCAAUCCAUCCUCCGACGAGGGAAAAACGGGGAAACCGCGGAUUUGGUCCCUGGCUCCGUCCUUCCUGUUCAGCCCUUUGUUUUUCACAGCGAGCAGGCGACCGGCCGGCAGCGCCCCCGUGCGGCACGGCAGGAUAACGCGUCCGAGGAUAGGGAGCCAGACGAGCGGAAGAGCGUCCUGCCUCCCCCCGUGCGACGUGGGCCCCCCCAGCUCCCAGGUCCGAUGCGGAGUGAGGAUGAGUCCCGCUCUCGAGGCGCUCAUGCAGGCGGACGGGACUCCGUACCCGGGCAAAGGGGUAAUGCUUGAGCCCUUCGUGCACCAGGUGGGGGGGCACUCCUGCGUGCUGCGGUUCGGGGAGCAGACUAUCUGCAAGCCCCUCAUCCCCCGCGAGCACCAGUUCUACAAGAGCCUCCCCGCGGAGAUGAGGAAGUUCACCCCGCUGUAUAAAGGUGUAGUCUCAGUCAGCUUUGAGGAAGAUGAGGAAGGGAACCUGUGCCUCAUUGCCUACCCCCUCCACAGUGAAUCAGGGGACCUGGAAAACAAAGACCCCUCAGCAGACUGCGAGCCCAAGAGCAAGAUGCUAAAGUGGAGCAACAAGAAGCAAGCCGCUUUGCUUCUGGAGAAUGACAACUACAGCAAAGACAGAGGUCGAAACAGUCGUAAAGAAGACAAGAUCAUGAGUUAUAAUCUUGAUGAGGUGGUGGUGCAGCAGCAGCAGCAGCAGCAGCAGGCGGAGGUUCUUUACUUCAGCCUGGAUGAAGGCAACGUAGUUCCACAGAUCAAACACAACCCCUGGAGCCUCAAAUGCCACCAGCAGCACCUUCAGAGGAUGAAGGAGAAUGCAAAGCACCGCAACCAAUACAAAUUUAUCCUUUUGGAGAAUCUGACGUGGCGCUACAAAGUACCAUGUGUCUUAGACUUGAAGAUGGGAACUCGCCAGCAUGGGGACGAUGCAUCAGAGGAGAAGAAAGCCAAUCAGAUUCGCAAGUGUCAACAGAGCACAUCAGCCUCUAUUGGAGUGCGACUCUGUGGCAUGCAGGUGUACCAGUCAGACUCAGGCCAGCUGAUGUUCAUGAACAAGUACCACGGUCGUAAGCUAACCCUCGCAGGCUUCAAGGAGGCCCUGUACCAGUUCUUCCACAACGGGCGUCGCUUGCGUCGGGAGCUGCUGUCCCCUGUGCUGCGGCGACUUCGGGAAAUGCAGGCGGCCCUGGAGGCCUGCGAGUCCUAUCGCUUCUACUCCAGCUCCCUGCUCAUCAUCUACGAUGGAGACCCUCCCAGGACUCCCGCUAGACCCAGACACCGUGGUGGUGAAGAGGGGGAUGAAGACGAGCCAUCAGAUGAAGAGGAGGACGAGGAGGACGAUGAUGAUGAGGAAGAGGAGGGGGCCUUCGGUUUCCCUUGUUCUUCAGCGGGUGGCGGUGCCGGUGUGGCCGCAGGGAGCAGCAACAGUGGGAGUGGUCGCUCCUCCCACAGCACGGGAGAGGCCAGCAGCCCAUUGGUGGACGUGCGCAUGAUUGACUUUGCUCACACCACUUGUCGGCACUAUGGCGAGGACAGUGUGGUGCACGAAGGCCAGGACAGUGGUUUCAUCUUCGGCCUGCAGAACCUGAUUACCAUCAUCUCCCAACUGGAGGACCACAGUACGGAUUGAAGCUGCACUGGAGCCAAUAUGAGCUGAAUUUCAAGCCUGGGGGAAAAGCUCAGUGAGCUGCAACCCUGCUACUUCAAGGUGCAUCGUCCUUAUGCCCAAACGGGGGUCUGAUCCUCCUCUGCUCGGAGUGACAAUCAGACGCCUCAGGGUGGGGGGGGAGCCUGUGUGGUCGUUGUGCACGCUCUCUUAACUGCCGGAGGACAGGGCUGCGUGUGCCCCGCUUGCACUUUUCUCAUUCUGGGACUGCUCCUUUCCUCUGCUCUAAACGGCAGCAAAAGUGUUUUACAAGGCGAAGGUCUCCCACCAGACACCAGGACUCCUGUAGCAUUCUAGGCCUCUCCUCCCCCCUCUGGUACAGACAAGAUUCUUUAUUGUUAAGUUCUCUCUGAGAGAGACAGAGCGAGGCAGAGAUAACUGAAGCUCCAGUUUAGUUUCUAGGAGCCUGACGCGGUGCUUUACCUGUGUUAUUACAUAACUUUUGUAGAUGAAGUUUGGACUGCCAGUACUCUACAGCACAGCACAUUAUUGGUGGCGAAGAUGACGUACACGCUGACCUUGGCUGGCUAGAUCAGCAGUCUUGUAGCAAUUGCUGAGUUAAGCUUCUGAUAAGGACAUUUUGUGUUUAUUGGUGUCUCUGAAGACCCUCUUAACAAACGUGGGUUGUGUGUCCACCGGCACCUGGAUUUACACUGUCUGGUGGAAGAACAAGAUGAUUUAGGUCUAGAAGAAGGGAUUUGCCUUUUUUCAGCAGUUGUUGUCCCCUGUGCUUUUUUGCCUAAAAACAGACAUUUUGAAAAGGGGAUUGCAAAGGCGAUAUUUUCCUUCUUUUGUCACUGUCUUUUUAUUUGUAUUUUCGUCUCAUUUCUUUCCUAUUUUCAUUCCCAACACUUUGCCCAAGCAAAGAAAAUAUAUUGGUAGAAACACUAGCUAUAAAGAGUAUAGAGAGACUAUUUAUUUGAAAGGAUUGUUUAAAAAUAAAAAGUGGAAGCCAGUACAUUCCAUAUUACCACUCUAAAUGUUCUGAUACCGACUUUGAUUUAUUUGUUUAUUGCAAGAGCCGAUACCUCUCUUGUAUACCAGUGUGUUAACAGUGUCUUGGUUAAUAAAGGCAUUAAUUUCUGUUUAAAAAAACUAAAA